UUCCCUCACAUUUCAAGAAGCCGCUCACACUCCGGCAGGCUGGUUGCUAUUUUAAUCUGUUGCUUUGCUCUUCUUCGGCCGUGCAACUAAUUUUCUUACUCACCCUUCACACCAUGCCACCAGUGUACUGCCAAAAGAAAUAAGUUUAGCCCCUUGUCUAUACACUGAACUAUUCGCUUCACAAGUUGAAUCAGCUGUAGAUUUGAAACGUCUGCUAGCAUAAACCGGAAGUAAUAAUGUUCGCUGCUCUCAACGCCAAGAAAACGAGAGACGCCGAGCUUGAGAGCCAGGCACUGGACUGGAUCGAGGCCAACCUGGGCGAACCCAUCGACAGGAAAAAACCAUACGAUGACCUGCUUAAAGACGGCAUCAUCCUAUGCAAGAUGAUGAACAAACUUAUGCCAGGAUGCAUCAAGAAAAUCGAUACCAAAGGAGGCGGAUUCGCCCUCAUGCAGAAUAUCGAACGAUUCCAGGCUGCAGCCAAACAGUGGGGUGUCCCGGCUAACGAGGUGUUCCAGACUGUGGACCUCUGGGAGAAGAAAAAUAUUCCACAAGUUACCUUGUGUAUUCACGCUCUGGGCAGAGUCGCACAGCUCAGACCAGAUUACAAGGGCCCGCAACUGGGACCCAAAAUGGCGGAGAAAAACGAACGCCAGUUCACGGAGGAACAACUCUUGGAGGCUAAAAAUACAGUCAGCCUACAGUACGGCACUAACAAGGGAGCGAACCAGUCCGGUAUCAACAUGGGCAAACCCCGCUCAAUCAUGGAUUAAUUCCCUUGGAGUAGAAUAACUGAAACAAAUUGCGUGCCUUGUUUUAAUUUAUUAGAAUGCUGGCUGGUGUGUGAUACGUUAUAAUUAAUGAGAGGAAGACAGUUUACAUUGGUUUUUAAUUUCUAAAUCUUUAGUUUAUUUUUACAUUAAAAAAUCUUGAUAUUCAGUUUGCAAACACCAGUUAGCUCGACAUUUAGCAGGAAGUUAUUGGGUUACGUGCCUUUGAUAAAUCGGAGUCUUUUUUUUUCCAACUCAAGGUUAAUGAACUAAAAGCUAGUUAAUAAAUGUGUUCAUGACAAUAAAUGAACACAUUUAAUCUAAAUGUUGCUUAGAGAUAAGGUUACAAUAAUCGAGGUAAGUAUUUCAUCUGCUUAACAGGGGUCCCACAUGGACCAUAUUAAUAUAUAAUAAAUAGGGUGUGAGUUAAAAAUGUACAGUCAAUCAGUGCUCUUCUUUUACGAUAACCAUUUUAGAGCAUAAGUAGCAUGCUAUUUAUUACAAUGUUGUUUUCUAAGUUAUAAAACUUUCAGAGAUACAGACCAGCGAUAUCUUGCUAGACAAAAUUCACUGGAAACUAUUUUCAAGCCAACUUCUAUUUUUUUACGUUUCUUAGUAUAGCAAUAUAACAGAGAGGAGUUAUUGUUCUUCUUAGCAUAGCUGAACAGAGUUCUAGUUGUUGUUUGUAUGUCAGAAUAGUUACCGUUUUAUGAAAAUCAUUCACGUUAUAAAUUACUCCAUUGCAUUAUAAAAUAUUCGUUUUUAUAAUUAUUGUUUGUAGAUAAAUGUCAUGUACUCAUACAUAGACUACAUAUUGUGUCUAAAAUAUUAACAACCGAUUAUGUAGAUGUUUUUCAUUCUCUGAAAUAUUUUUUUUAUACAUUUUUAAUUACUUGUUCAUUUCAUCUCCAGUAUUCUGUCGUUCUCUGGGGAUAUUUUUUUUUCUUAUUUUGUUUCGUUGUAGAAUGAAUUUAAUCAUUUCUGCUGUGUUGAUUUUUUUUAUCAACAUCUACAAAGCUUUGUUUUCAAAACUGUCAUAUUUUUUGUUUUACUUUUUACAUUGUUUAAUUUUUUUUUCGUUGUAUUCUACAUUCUAUUUUCUAACGUUCCAUUAAUAAAUUUAAAAAGAAAGCG